AUGGUAUGUGAAGAUGACAGUGAGAAGCCCUACCACUGCAACUGGGAAGGCUGCGGCUGGAAGUUCGCCCGCUCCGACGAGCUCACGCGUCACUACCGCAAGCACACCGGCCACCGGCCCUUCCAGUGCCACCUCUGCGAACGGGCCUUCUCCCGCUCCGACCACCUCGCCCUCCACAUGAAGCGGCACAUGGGAACGAUGAAUUUCUCCAACCAUCCCGUCCCACUGGAAAGGCUGGCUCUGCUGUCCCGUCUUCCCGGAGCCUCCUGGGAGCUGGAGUGACAGUCCGCGGCUGUUUUUGAGGUUUGCCUGUGAGAUCAGAGUACAAACCAGUUCUUCUUCGCCUUUCAUCAUCGCUGGGCCGGGCAGGAG